GCUGGGGAACUACAGGGGAGACCGUUUUUCGCUCCUGUACACAGGAAACAUAUGAACCUUUGUUUAACAUAGGAGAAAUAUAUAAUUAUUACAUCUUAAACGUUAAAAAAUGACGGAAGAUGUGGAUAACUGGGAGGAAGAUUUGGAAGAGGACGCCGUGAUAGCAAAUGUCAUCAAAAACUUGAAUAUACAGAAACAACAUACUUUUUCUGAAGUACAUCCAUUAACUGAAAGAGUGGACUCUGUCGCAUUGCCAUGUGGUCAUCAAAUGCCAGCAGACUAUGUUGUGGCUUGGUUCAAGUAUUAUCUUAAACAGAAAAAUACCGAAUUUUUCUGCCCUGGCUUUAAUGAUGUUCAGAGGAAAACCUGUGGCGCAAAUCUCUCUUAUCAGGAAAUCUGUCAGCUGAUACCACUGACAGACAAACAACGGGAAUUCUUAGAGGAGAACCUCGCUGCACUUGUUGCUAGAAGGCUGUUUGACUUUAAAGCUUGUCCAGGAUGUCAGUCUCAUGUGGAAAGAAGAGAUCGAAGUAACCUGUGUGUAAACUGCAUUAUCUGCACGGCCAACAUGAAACGGACUUACUACUUCUGCUGGAACUGCCGGAGGGAAUGGAAGGGGCCGGCCAAUAAUGCUGUGCGGUGUGACAAUAAUGGCUGUGGACAGAGAGUGAGAACUUCAGAUCCUCUUAAGCCAUGCAAACCCGAGAUCAAAAGGGAAAUGCUUAGAGAAGAGGGAGAAGAUAUUUACCCAAUGAAAGACAAAUCCCCUGACAGAAAACGUCUGGCUUUGCUCAUCAACAAUGUCGAGUUUAAACACAUAGAUGACAGGACCGGGGCAGACAAGGAUGAACUGAGAAUGGAGAUGCUGCUGAAGGGUCUGGGUUACACUGUGGUGACACUCAGAGACCUCACUGCACUGGGCAUGCUUGCUGCCAUGCGAGACUUCGCCCAGCGCGAGGAACAUGUCCAGUCGGACAGCUGCUUUGUGGUGUUGAUGUCACAUGGAGAUGCCAAUGGAAUCUGUGGAGUUUUUAAUUCCCCCAGCAGUGACGAUGAAGAGGACAUUUUCCAAACAGAUGAAAUUUUUAAUUGCUUGAACACUCCAAACUGUGCUGGAUUGAGGGACAAGCCAAAAAUUAUCCUCAUCCAGGCGUGUAGGGGUGAUAGAGAAGGCAGUGUAGAUGUCCAGGAUGGUGUGUCAAGACACAGGAGAGGAAAAGAGCACCGUGAAAAAGACUUCUGCUGCCUGAGGUCCUGUACUCCAGACACGGUGUCCUAUAGAAACAAAGAGAAAGGCUCACACUUCAUUCAAGACAUUGUGGAAAUAUUUAAUGAGCACGCCUGCCAGGACCACAUCGAGGAGCUCUUCAGAAAGGUCCUUAAGAAGUUUAAGGAGAAACAUCCAGAUCAGAUGCCAUCCAAAGAAAGAACAACAUUAUCUAAAAGAUUCUACCUCUUCCCAGGGUUGUAAAACACAGCUCCUACAACUUCAGCUCUUCUUUUUAUAUUAGAAACAUGAUGUACGCAUCUUUAUCAUAUUUGGGGAAAACAUGGAAUUUAUCACAUUUAAAUCAGUUUGCAUGUUCAUAUAAUUCAUGAAUAUGAUUUAGCUUGCUGUCUAUCUUGAAGCUCUAGCAUUAAAGCACCCCCAC